AUGAAUGAUCAGGUGGAUUUCGUUCGCCACGAUUUAUGUUGGGUUCGAACAAGCAAAACGGCACGUUUCUAUCCGGCUCGAAUUGUGGUUGAGGAUGAUUUGAAUGAGCGACAGAUAUGGAGUGGGAAACCACCGCUCUACUCGGUGAUUUUCUUCGAUCGCGCAAACGUACAUGCUGGCUCUGCCUAUCACGUUCGGUCUGUGUCCAAUAUUAAAAGUUGGCAAGAGGGAAUGGAAAUGGGUUUCGCUACAAAAAUCUCCAAAGCCAUCGUCAAUCGCGCAGUUGCAUUUCAAGACUCCAUCAAAGCCAGACAACAAAUAUCGAAAAGCAGUAAAGAUGACGAACAUAAUUCAAGUGAAAGCGAUGCUUCAUCAUAUGAAUUCGAAUGGCCUUAUAAUAUUGCGCAUGAUGAUGGCGGUAGGAUUAAACAACAACCUCGGUCAUCCAAUUCACCCACAAAUGAUGAACGUUUAUCGAAAGUUAGUGGAUUCGAUGAUGCCUCUUCUUCGACCUCAUCCAAAAAACCGAUGAGUGAGAAAAUGUACGACUCGACGGAUAAAAAUGGAUUCCAGAUUGAAACCGAUUCGUCGGCGACUGUGGAAAUGCUAGAGGAGGAGUCGUUGGCAGCUGCACAAAACGGAAACCAUUGCCCAAAACCAGCGGAUCAUUUGGAAGAGAUUCAAGGAGACGGCUGUAAACAACAGUGUGUUGAAGCUAAGAACGGUGCGGCGACACCAUCAACAGAGGUGCGAAUGAUGCCACAGAAUAAUUUGACUGAUGCUGCGAAUAUCUAUCAGACUUUGAGAGUUGGCUGGAUCGGAGCAAACGAUGUUAGCGAAGAAGUUUUGAGGGUUUUGCUCAAGCAGAAAAACUUGUUUGUGACAGCUUCGUUAUGGGAUCAAAAUAAUGAAGAGUGUGAGCAACUUGUGAAGCGUCUUACGGUUUCUGAGGCAGAAGCAUCACAUGAUAUGGCCAACGAUGGUACUAACGAUCAUAUUGACGGCAAAGGGCCAGCAUCAACUGUUGAACAAAGUAGUUCGCUGGACUCGUUAUGCGCUUGUUCGGAUGUCAUUUUCUGUUGUUUGGAUCAAAAAACGUUGAUGCAUGAGGAGAAAGAUGAAAAUGGUGGUGUUGAAUUGCUGCUUGAUAAAGUGCUUACGGCUGCUGGCAAAGCAAAUAUUGGUGUUUUCUUGAUGACUUUCUUCAGCCGAGUACUUGCUAGAGCAGCUUCGCUGAUGUUAGAUGACUAUGCGAGAAACGUUUCCGUAGUAGGUGUAUCAAUAUGCGGUACUGUGGGUGAUGCAAAUACGGCGUUUCUGAGUGGUGAUUCGCAGCUUGCGAAUAAAUAUUUCGGCAUUAUGCGUUGUUUGGCGAAGAAAGUUAUUCUGAAAGGUGGUAAGCCGUCGAAAGCGAUGUUGUAUGGUGCCUUUUAUAACCGUUUCAUGAUGGGAUUGACAUUCGAAACGUUCGCUUGGCGAGCAUUUGCCGCUGAAUAUGGAGUUGACAACGAUCAGCUACGAGCUUUAAUCAGUGAGUCGAACUUACUCGGCGACUUCACCAACUUGAUUGUACCUGGUGUUUUGAAUGCUCACAACGAUAACGACCAUGAGAAAAGUCGAGACGCUAUGAAACAGGUCGUAACGUCAAACGCGCAAGCCAAAUGGCUGAUUUCGGCCGCCAUGGGCACUUACGCAUCUGCGAGCAACUCGCGAGCGAUGGUUCAAAGUGGUGUGAGUAUAUAUCAGGUUAUGGAAAGCUCAAAAGCGGACAAUUUUGCAAAGGCAUUUGACGAAUAUUUCAAUCGAAAAAUUUAA